ACAAAAACGGACAAUUGUAAAAUGAUAAUAAACUUUGUCUAAAUUAUGUUUGAUAAUGAACCCUUGAUAGAUAAAUACCAAAGUGGAUGUCCGAUUUUAAAACAUAGCUUCAGAUCUCGAUGAGCAGACACGAACUUUAUCAACAAGCAAAUAUUCAAGGAGUAAAUAAACCACACAGUAAGCUUGCAAGUGGUGUAUAUAUUAUUUUGUUAAAUUAUUGAAAGAACAUAGAAAAGAAUCCCAGAUAUGGAUUUAAAAUCGUUAGUUGUUUUAGUUUGCAUAUAUGCAGUUAUUGUCUUAACUAAUUCUAAAAAGAUAAAAGGAAAGACCAAGAAGAAUAAAUCGUUACCCCCUGGCCAAAGCAAGAAACUUGGUGACAACCCCGAGGAAUUCCUCGAAUCGUUUGGCUACCUUGCGAAGCCUAAACCUGGACAACAGAAUAGCGACGCUGCGAGGAGAGCUGCGAUAAGGAAAUUCCAGAGGUUCAACCAUAUACCAAUUACUGGGUCACUGGACGAAAAGACCAAAUGGAAAAUGAAGCAGCCUCGCUGUGGAUUGCCGGAUGUGAUAAACCCAACUGGGUCAUCAAUAAAGGCUGAUCCAAAUGCUCCAUCGAAUUUUUAUAGUUUAGGACAUGUCUGGAAGAAUAGAGAUCUUACAUGGAAAAUCAGCAAUUUCUCACCCGAUCUUCCCCGGCGUGUGCAAAUUGAUGCUUUGACAAGAGGCUUGAAUUAUUGGAGCGAGGUGACGAACUUAAACUUUAGACAGACGAGCGGAGAUUCUGAUAUCGAUAUAAGAUUUGGACGAUAUGAACACGGAGAUGGGUAUAGUUUCGAUGGAAAAGGUGGAACUCUCGCGCAUGCAUUCUUCCCAGAGAACGGACGGACACAUUUCGAUGAAGACGAAGAUUGGACGGAAGACUCGCAUGACGGCACAAACCUACGCAUAGUUGCUACUCAUGAAUUUGGCCAUGCUCUCGGGCUCAGUCAUUCUGAGGUCCGUGGCGCAGUGAUGGCGCCAUAUUACCAAGGCUACAGUGAAAAUUUUAGACUUGAGUAUGACGAUAUAAUUGGAAUUCAGACAUUGUAUGGGGGUAAAGCCCGUCCUAGGCCUACUGAUCCACCGAGACGUACUACCAUACAGGCCCCCACUAAAAAACCAUCGACAAAACCGGAUACCUGUACGACAAAAAUUGACGCAAUCUUGCAAGCGCAUAAUGGCAAAACUUAUGUGUUCAAAUAUAAAUGGAUGUGGGAACUUACUGACAAUGGUGUUGUCAAGGGUUUCCCACGAUUGGCGAGGAAAUUCUUUACGAAACCCCCCUAUAAUCCAGGCGCAGUUGUUUAUUCGAGAAGGACUAGGAAAACAUAUUUUUUCAAAGACAACCGUGUAUGGCGGUACAAUGGCUUUAACUUAGAAACUGGCUUUCCUAAGCGCAUUAAGGACAAAGCAUACCCAAGAGGACCACAGGCAGCUUUAUGUGAUGCUUCAGGAAGAAUCCUUCUCUUCAAAAAUUAUCGCAUUUACCAGUACAACGAGUAUUCCAUAAACGUUGACGCCAUCGCACCGAGACUCAUUACAGAUCAGUUUCCAGGACUACCUAAUGAGUUUGCUAAUGUCGAAGCGGCCCUCAGAUAUAAAGAUGGCUACCUCUACUUCUUCAAAGGUGCAAAUUACCGUAAAUACGAUGAAAGGACCCAACGCGUUCUUCCAGGCUACCCGAAGGCCAAAGCCCCUUCCUGGAUGGGCUGUGGACGUCGAACUCCAAAAUAAAUGCACAUGGACAAUUUAAUAUAAAAUCGCUGCAUGCUGUUUAUAAAUUGCUAGAUUUUACUAUAAUAUCAGUUUAUUAUAGUAUACUAGUAUUCCUAUAAUUCUACCAACUCUAAAAGUCAUGAAAACAAGGUUGAACACAAAACAUUGACCCAGUUACUGUCUAUUCAGCAUGGGUUCAAAUAAUAUAUUUCCAGUAUAAUUAAUUCCUUUAGUAAAUAAGUAAGCAAUACAGCUUUGUACUUGUAAAACUGUGUAAAUUUGUUAGAGGCUAAAAUCUGUUGCUCCGCCACCUUGUGAUGACAUUUUAUAAUCAUGAUCAAUGGCAGAAAUUAUUACUUUUGAUAAAAUGUCAGGAACGUUAAUUAAAAGAAACACAGUAAUGAAAACUAUACAAUACAAUACAAUUCAAUACAAUACUUUAACAGUAUUCUGUUAUGGUAGAGUAUAUUUCAUUU